CUGCUCAGCAGCUUUUGAUACAGAGAUGACGACGCUGGUCCCCGAUGCCGCUCAUUCCAACUGUGUACAUCUGCUUAACCAGCAAGUCCACAGCAAGGGCGCACCAGCGGUCUCGUUCGGAGCAAGCCGGGUGGCCUGGUGUACGCAGCAGAAGCCCGAGGGCAUUGACCUGGCGCGUUUCUCCAGCAACGAACAUCGUCUGCCCCGGGACUGUGUCUCCGGCCAGGCCUGAAGCCAAAGCCCUGGCGAAUCUACCCCCCAGCGCCGAGCCGCGAGCCGCGAGCCACAGCUGGGAGCACACGGCCUGCGCCCACCGCCGCCCUCGGAGCCGCCUUCCUGGCGCCGCCGCCCUGGGCCCUCUGCCCCCCUCGGCGGGAACCGACUCCCAUUUCCUCCUCUCAGAGCGGUCUUCCGUCUACGCGUCUUCUGGGCUCCCUGGGUGGGGUGCUUUUAAAAAAAAAACAAAAAACAUUUUUAUUUAUUUACGCAUGAGAGAGAGGCAGAGACACGGGAGGAGGGAGAAGCAGGCUCCAUGCGGGGAGCCCGACGUGGGACCCGAUCCCGCGACCCCAGGACCACGCCCUGGGCCGAAGGCGGCGCUAAACCGCCGCGCCGCCCGGGGUCCCUUGCGGUGCUUUCAGUGUCGGUUCAGGGGGCUCGGGAUCGCGCGGCCGGCCGCUCCCCUCCCGCCCCGCCUCCGCAGCCCCGGCCCCCACCCGCCGGGCCCACGGAUCACGCGGCGAGCCCGGCGCGUCACAAGGGCGCCCUCGCGGCCCCGCCGCCCGCCGCCCGCCGAGGGUCCACCGCGCCGCUCCCUGCGUCCUUCCAGCCGCGUCUUCGGGAGAAGAAGGUGCUCAGAGGGACGAUCGAGGUGCCGGAUGUGAAGAGCGGGAGCGUGGAGACCCGGAGCCCGAGGUUGCCUGGGAGAUCAAUAGGAUGCUGCAGAAGUGGCAUGUUGCUUCUGAGGCCAGGUUCUAAAGGACACCCUGGCUUCUGCCUCCCCCUCCCCCUGCCUCUCUCAGAUCCGAUGCCCUGAGGGAAGCCAGUUGCCAUGUUGAGAGGCUCCCGCGGCAAGGAGCUGAGGUGCCUGCUGAUAGCCAUGUGGUGUGCCAUCCUGGAAGUGGAUCUGUCAGCCCUGGCCAAGCCUUCGGGUGACUGCAACUUGACUGAGGGUUGUGGUGUCACAUGAAGAGAAAACCUGAGCCAGAAUUGCACAGAUGAGCUGCUCCUGAGUCUCAAAAGUGGUGUGAAACAAUAAAAAUGUGUUGUCUUAAGCCACCA